UCACCGGAACAAUUUUAAAUGUUGCCGCGGUAGGAAAAGUUACCUAUGGGAAGGUGGCCAAGCGAUUAGGUAAAGGGAAAGAAAGGACAUCAAAGGAAAGUACUGCGGAGGAAUUUUGUCAAGCGGUGAGACGACGGUGUGAGAAGAGUGCCGGCGAUUGAGAGGGGCUCAGGGAAUUGUCCUCUGUGGAAGGGCUUUCUUGAGGCCCCAGGCCUUUGCCUGUCCCUGUCGUCAGCAGAGAGAUGGAAACCUUGAUGACUAGUUCCACCCUACCCCCACUUUUUGCAGAUGAAGAUGGCUCCAAGGAGAGUAAUGAUCUGACUACAACUGGAUUAACCCACCCAGAAGUUCCAUACAGUACUGGAGCCACAUCAUCCACCAAUAAUCCAGAAUUUGUGGAGGAUCUCUCCCAAGGUCAGUUGCUUCAGAACGAGUCUUCAAAUACAGCAGAAGGCAAUGAACAGAGGCAUGAAGAUGAGCAAAGAAGUAAACGAGGAGGUUGGUCCAAAGGAAGAAAAAGGAAGAAACCUCUUCGAGACAGCAAUGCACCCAAAUCCCCCCUUACAGGAUAUGUUCGGUUCAUGAAUGAGCGUCGAGAACAGCUUCGAGCAAAAAGACCAGAAGUCCCGUUUCCAGAAAUCACAAGGAUGUUAGGCAAUGAAUGGAGUAAACUGCCUCCUGAGGAAAAACAGCGCUAUCUUGAUGAAGCAGACAGAGAUAAGGAGCGGUACAUGAAGGAGCUGGAGCAGUACCAGAAGACGGAAGCCUACAAGGUCUUCAGCAGGAAAGCCCAGGACCGGCAGAAGGGCAGAUCUCACAGGCAAGAUGCAGCCCGACAGGCCUCUCAUGAUCAUGAGAAAGAAACAGAGGUAAAGGAACGGUCUGUUUUUGACAUCCCUAUAUUUACAGAGGAAUUUCUGAACCACAGCAAAGCCCGGGAGGCGGAGCUCCGCCAGCUGCGCAAGUCCAACAUGGAGUUCGAGGAGAGGAACGCGGCGCUGCAGAAGCACGUGGAGAGCAUGCGCACGGCCGUGGAGCGGCUGGAGGUGGACGUGAUCCAGGAGCGCGGCCGCAGCGCCGUCCUGCAGCAGCACCUGGAGACCCUGCGGCAGGCGCUGGCCAGCAGCUUCGCCGGCGUGCCCCUGCCCGGAAGUGGAGAGACACCUACAGUGGACACCAUUGACUCAUACAUGAACAGACUGCACAGUAUUAUUUUAGCUAAUCCCCAAGACAAUGAAAACUUCAUAGCUACAGUUCGAGAAGUUGUGAACAGGCUUGACCGUUAGGGAAUGUUCUACAGAUCUUAGAGCUCCGUAAGUGGUUUUACUUGUGAGGAAUGAGAAGCCAUCCGUGGAAAUUUGAACUGCAUGGAGGCAGAGAGGGAGUGCAGAUUACUCUGCUUGUGGAAGAAUUAUCAGUUAUGAGUUCAAUGCCUUCACCCCAGGAAGCCGUAGAGGGGAACAGCAAAAGGAACAUGGACAUGAACUUCCUGUGGAAUUGUCCUUGUACAGCCACUCUCCCAAGUCUUCAGUUUCCUAGCGUCUGCAUUUCUGUGGAAGAGGAUCUGCAUUUAUUCUGCUGACUAGACAACCCUGAAUGACAUCUGGGCAGGAAGGAAGCCGCCUCAUUGUUCUCCUUCAGAUUGGACCCUUUUAUCAGUGGCACUCCGGUUUUCUUACCUAGGUGUCACUUUUUUUUAAUGCCUUCGGGGGUUAUUUUUUUAUUCCCUUCAUCCCCACUAGGUUAUACAUCUCCAUUUUCUGACCUCUGGGCUUUGUAGCUCAGCAGGGCUCUGAAGGACAGUUUUCUCUCAUUGGGCAGGCCCAGCCUUCUCCUGUCACCCUCCUGCUGUUUGCCGAGUGUCCUGUGGAGCCAGGCUGUUUUGUUUUGUUUUGAUGUUUGUUUUGUUUCUUACCCAUGCGGCACUCAGUGGGUGCCAGCCCUCCUGGAGGCUCGGUGACUGCUGCCCCCGAGGAGAAUGGCCUUUCCUUCCUCCUCAGUCCCUCCUGCUGCUUGCUGAGCGUUGCUUCUGCACACACGGGGUCCCAGUCCCACAAGGCUCUUAUUUUCCCAUCUGUGGGCAGUGUCCCAUGGAACAUUUUGCUGAGGAAAAGGUCACUCGUAACAGGAGAGAAUGGGAAAAGUCAUUUCUCAUUUGGCAUUUGAAAAAACCCCAAAGUUUAUCGUAAGUGAAAAGUGAGGGAAUCCCUGUUUUAGAUGGCCUGAUUGAUGGGUAUGGAUAGGUGGGCACAUCAUUCAAAAUAGGCUCCUGAGCUGCCAAAAAAAACCCAGAGGAAUUCCCAUGUCCUUUGUCUUCCUUCUGUAGCCAUAACAGCAAAAUCUGUGUCAAAAGGACACAUUUCCCUUCCUUCUUCCUGCUUAUUUACUAAGUGAUUUUUUUUUUAACACCUAAAGGGAAGAGGGUUUUCUGCUUCUCACGUCAGGGUUUUGUUUUGUUUUGAUGCUCUAGAGCACAAGGCUGACAGUUGGAGCUGAGAUCUUUGGAAGCAAGCGGGGCAUGCUGAGCGCAUUGUCUGGGCACCACGCCACUGAAGGAGGUGGAUGCACUGCCCCCUCACAAUAUGCUCCCAAGCUAGGGUGCAAGCCGGAAACCCCUGUCGCGGUGCUGCACCGUCCUGUCACCUCGGCAUCUCCUCACCUGGUUUCUUUAUUAGCCCAGAGGAAAUAACAACAAAAACAACCUUUUCUUAAAAUGUCUUAGGUGGAGACACAUCAAAUUUUCAUGUACUAAAGCCACAUACUGUCCCUUGGCAACUUUUUAGAAUAAGAGCCCAUCAUUAUCCAAUGCCGUAAAUCUAGUCAACAACUCACGUGCUUUUCUGUAUUUUCCUGUUUUCCUGCUCUCACCUGGUUCCUGUCACUUCUCUCAGACUCCUUGCCCAAGUUCAAGCUGGAACAUACUGUCUGUGGCAGAAGGACAUUCGAGCCGGUUCUGAAGCUUGUGUCUGCUUCCUGCCAGAUACUUCCUGUCUGUGUCUCCUUUGUGUUAGUUUUGUGCUGCUUCGUUACCAGGGCUGUUGACUCGGAAAGGCUGUGACUUGGUCCAAAGACCACCACUCUCCUGAUACAGAUAGGAUACCCGCUGUUGACUUGAAACACUCGCAUAUUUAGGAAUGCCCAAGGUUUUGAGAGAGACCACAGGCUGAAAUCAUUUUCACAAAAUAAACACCUACUUUUGAAAUGCUGGCUCUCCCAGUAGCUACACACCUGACUGGCGGCUGGGAUUCAGCUGCCACAGAACUGCCAGGUUUAGUAAGGCGGGUCUGUGUUGCCUCCUCUCAACAGCCGGGAGGUGGUAAAUGAGCUACAGGCUAAUGCCAUACCUGAUUCAAGUUUCCCAGUAAACUUACAGAUACUACCGCACUUACAUGUUCUUAAGAAAUAAGUUGUUGCCUAUCCAGUGUUACAGUUGUUUUAUUAAAACACAAGGAGCAGCUGGGGAAAGUGAGACAAAGUAUUUUAUUUCUGACAAAUUUUAGAAAAAUAAUUGUGCACAUUUGUUUGGAACUGUUGAAAUGCCAAGUUUUCUGUACAAGUGUUUUUGUAAUUAAACUUUUAGAUCUUUGUUUUUUAAGAAGUGGAUAUGCUUGCUUGACAUUUGCCUCAUUAAAACUUUUCUAUGGUGAA